AUGGUAAAAAGUACUUAAUCUCUUAAAUCGUGAACAUACCCUUUAAAAUGCACUAGACUCUGAAAGAGAAUGACUGUAAUGACCCAUCCCAUCCUGUAGGUGGAGUACUACAACCAGCACACAGCCCUUUGGCACCCUGUUGCUGGCAUGAUGAACAAGCGCUGUCGCCAUGGCGCUGCGGCCCUUGGCAGCCAGCUCUAUGUGGCGGGGGGUUAUGACGGCUCCGGGUUCCUCAGCGGGGCCGAGGUGUACAGCUCAGUGGCAGACCAAUGGAGCCACCUGCUGGCCAUGAACACACGGCGCAGCCGAGUCUCACUGGUUGCAAACUGUGGCAGGCUUUACGCCGUGGGUGGCUACGACGGACAGUCCAACCUGAGCUCUGUAGAGAUGUAUGACGCAGAGACCAACCGCUGGACAUUCAUGGCACCCAUGGUGUGCCACGAGGGUGGGGUGGGUGUCGGUUGUAUACCCCUUCAGCCUGCUUAA